AUGUCUUCGGCAAGUGUCUUCUAUGGACUUGGGGCAAGCAAAGCUUUGCAUCAGAACUCUGUGAUUAGAGCACGCAUCACCAAAACUCAUGUCUUGAUUGAGAAGGCCCAGGAUGACUACACCAAAGCUGAGCAGACCUGUUAUGAAGAUGCACAUCUGAUGAACAAAUCUGUGCUACAACUGGUGAAGACUGUCCAGACAAUCUCAGACCAGCUGCAGCCAUCGAAAGACAGGAGCCAAGUCCACUACUUCUCUCAUCUACAGUUAGGGGACUACUAUGAUGUCGAGGACAAGUUUUCUUCGGAAAUAGACGGUUUCUUCAGGAAGCAGUUCAUGCAGCAAUUGGAGAAAUUCAGCUUCCGCUCAGACAAGGACAACAUCAAGAGCAAGUUCGAUUUACUUGGGAUCUCCAGACCGGAGAUCUCCUUGGUCCGGGGACCAUCGGAAGAUAUGUCCGACACAAUCAACAAAGAAAUCAGACGAAUUUGCAACAUUUAUCCAAACAGCGAGAAGUCGUUAAUAACUGCCAAGAUCAAUCAUGAGUACAUGACAGCUUCUAAACGUGCUUUGGAGGUGAAGCUAACAGCGUUACGUGAGAGGAAGAUCAACUGGAUUUAUCAAGCAAAACUAAAAGAAGAUGCCAAGAAACUGCGGUCCAGUUCCGGUAUGGUUAAUCUGUUUAAGAAUGAUCUUCUGCCCAUCAUCCAACAGAACAGAUUACGUCAAGAGAACAAGAUUUUGGAUUGUUAUUAUGACCUGAAGUUGGCUCGGAAGGAACACUAUCUGGACCAGCUGAACCAGAACUAUCGCUGGUGUUUUUUUAUGCUGUAA